AUGACGAGCAGAACAGCAGCAGCAGCAGCAGCAGCAGCAGCAGCGACAACGGCGAGCACCUCGGCCUCGUCUUCUUCGCCAGAGGACGAAGCAUCGGGCUCAACCUCACGCAUCAAAACUCCACUCAUAGACGAAGAAGGUGGCACGCGCCGCUCACGCUCAGCACGAUCAGCAGCCAAGAAUGAGGCCGACGAUUCCGGCGCUACUACAAAGCAGGAGGAGACAGAGGACGCAGCUGCCUUGUCCGCUCUCGACGACGGCGAAGCUGCACCUGGCGAGUCUUCGCAGCAGCAGCAGCAGCGCAGGCAACGUAGCUCGUCGAUGAAGGAGCUUGCGGGAUUGGGGUUGGCCAAUCUGGGCGACGGGGAGGCCCUGGCCCCGCGCAGAUCCAAGAGGGCCGCUCCUACUUCUCCUGGCGCAGAGACUGGCGUGGAGGCGAGUGUAAGCGCGGCGAAUACGGGCGCAGCGAAUGCGAGCGCAGCAAAUACGAGCUUGCCUGCUGUUGAAGAGCCCGCAGAGGGACAAGAAGGAGAAGAGGGCGAGGAGGGGGACAUCGAAGGGGUGACGCGCUGUGUCUGCGGCAGUUCAGACGAGAAUGUCGGCCUCAUGAUCCAGUGCGAGACCUGCCGUUGCUGGCAACAUUGCGUCUGCAUGGGCAUGAAUACGGAGGAGGACUGUCCAGACGUCUACUACUGCGAGCAGUGCAGGCCAGAGCUGCACAUCGGCCUGCUCCGUCUGCUCGGCUUCCUACCCGCCAAGCCCUCUUCCUCUUCCUCCUCGUCCAACGGCGGCAAGAAGGGAUCCAAGUCGCACAACAGCAAGAACCCGGGCAGGGACUCGGCGCGCGAGCUCCGCGAGGCCAAGGCGGCCGUCGCGCUAUUAGCGCAGCAGAAUGCAGAGCGUCGCAGGCUGGGAGGAGAGCCCAUUGUGGCCAAUACGGCGCGUGGGACUGGCGGAGACGCUCUGGACGAGGCUGCGGCUGCUGCGGGGGGUGAAGCGCGAGGGGAGGGGCGUGGAAGGAGUAGCCCGAAGCGUCGCUCCACGAUGAACUCGCGCGACUCGAUGUACGGCGGGUGGGAAGCUCUGCCACCUGGACUGCUGAACGAGGACGAGGUGUGGGACGCGGACGAUGCGGCGGGCAGGAAGAGGAAGCGUGGCGGUGCCAAACAAGAGGGAUCGUCCACCUCGCUCUCACACUCCCGCUCACCUACACCAGAGGCAGGCAACACCGAGCAUGGCAAGCGUCGUCGCAUGUCGUCGAGUCGCGCCGCAGACGAGGGCGGCGCAGAGUCAAGUCAGGGUACGCGUAGGGGCAAUACCGCAGCCACGGGAUCGGGCAAGGGCAAGGCAGCAGGCGAAGUCCCAUCAGCCAAACCGAAACAGCCAAACCAAUACACCUACCGCAAGGAGCGCGCAGCUUUAGCAGCAGCAGCAGCCGUUGCGAACGGGAAUCGCCCUUCUUCCCCGACGCCUUCGCCGAGCAAGAGCGGGCGAAGGGCGGUGGGCGCGGGGGCAGGAGGAUCAACGCUACGCGAAGGGACGGGCAGUCGAGCUGGCACUCCCUCCUUGUCCUCCUCCCACGCUGGCGCAGGUGCAGGGCUGAGCAAGACGAACACCUCGUGGGGUCUCCCCGACCAUCUCUCUCACUUAGCGCAUCUCCUCCCCUCCCCGCACCCAGAACCGCUGAGCGUGCAACUCCCCUCGACCAAGGGCCUCCCGCACUCGCACGACAAUAAUGGUAGCGCGACCCGUCCCUCCCCGCACGCAUUUACGCUCCUCGACUUGCCGGAACAGCCGACGAAGGUGCGCUUCCCGGGGAAGAGGAUGACGAUGGGUGAGAUGAGGAAGCGCGUACGCGGGAUCAGCGAUUAUAUCACGCGUACGCAGCUGGAGGCACUGGAGAGGGGGAAGAGGAUGAAGAUGCUGGGCAUCGAGGCGGGGGGGAGUAGGAGUGGCAGUGGCAGCGCCAGUAGCUCCAAGCGGGAUUCCCCUGCUGGUGCGGCGGCGGCGGCGGCGGCGGGCAAGGAUACGGUAGCUGGUGGGGAGAGGAGCGGCAGCGCUGCUGAGGUUGCACAGAAUGGUGAGGCAGCUCCAGGUACUACGCCGACUCCGCAGUCUGGAGAUAACGGCAGCAACUCCAACGGCAACGCCAGCAGCGUCGAUCCGCCCUCAAUGCGUCUUCUCGACGACUUGACGCGCGAGCUGAUUGCCUUCCAGCAGAAGUACGGGAUGCUUCCCGGUGGUGGGGGUGGCGGCGGUGGGGGGGGCACUGCGCAUGUACCAUUGCCAGCUGUGGUGGCGGUACGGGAGGAGUCGCAGCAGGGUCAACAGGAGAAUGCAGUGGCCGCAGCAGCAGCUUCUUAG